CCAACUAAAUAAAAUUGCACUUUUCUUCCUCUCUUUCUUUCUCCAUACUCUUUUCUGUCAGAAAGAAAAAACUUUCAACUUUUCUAUAUAACUAAUUUUGAAUUUUAGUAAGUUCCCAACUUUAUAAAUUUUCUUUACCAAUCACUUCAUUUUUCCACUUACACCCCACUUUCUACUUUCUCUUCCUCUUCUCAUUGCUUCUUCUCAUAACCAAAGGAGGCAAAACCAAAAACAUUAAAGUUUGCAACUUUCUGACACCAUCUUUAUAGCAUUAAUGUCUUAGUGUCUCAAAAAUGCUUCUCCUCUAUUGGUUACACUUAAAGUUUCAAACUUUAAGCUACCCCAAAUAAACCCACUUUGAAUUCAAGUUCCAUUAGAUUAGAUUCACCACAAAAACAAAACAACAACAACAAAAAACCAUUUUUUUUGUCUUUGGAAUCUUGAGAUUCUUUCCAUGAACGAAGCUCAAACUGAAAUCACAAUUCCUCACUUGUUUAGAUGCCCCAUAAGUCUUGAUUUGUUGGAAGAUCCAGUGACUUUAACCACUGGGCAAACCUAUGAUAGAUCAAGCAUAGAGAAAUGGAUUUCCGCAGGUAAUUUCACAUGUCCUGUAACAAUGCAGAAGCUUCAUGAUUUAUCUUUUGUUCCUAAUCACACUCUUCGCCAUUUGAUUAAUCAAUGGCUUCAGCUUGGUUCACAAUUUCAUCACCCUUGUAAUAAUAACAUCUCUGCAACCAUAGAUUAUUUAGCUACAAUAAAACACACCCUUGAAUCUCAUGAUUCAUCUAUAGAAACCAAGUUGAAAGCACUUGAGAAAAUCAGUGUUCUUUCUGAUGAGUACUGUUCUUUCAGAAAAUCUUGCUUCCAACAACUUAGUUUCUUAGCUUUACUUUUGGAACUUGUUUUUGGUUUAUCAGAUUCACAACUCUCAGAGAAUUAUUACAUGGAAUUCAUGGAGUUAGCACUUUCUUGCAUUGUUAAAUUGUUGCCUAUUGUAAAUUUGGAGCCUCUAAAUAUCAUCAAAGAUGAAUCAAAGUUGAAAAAGUUCAUAUUUUUAUUUGAAAAAGGAACUAGUUCAAUGAAGACUAGUUUGUGUCUUGUUAUAGAUUACUCAACAACAGCAACACAAACAGAACAAGUUUGUGAAAUACUAGGAAACUCACAAAAACUAGUCCAUGAAAUUGUUCAAGUUGUUGUUAACAAAAAUUGUGAUAAUCUUUCUGAGGCUGCAAUUAAGGCCUUAUCAGCAUUAUGUUCAUUGGAAUCAAACAAAGAGAGUCUAGUGAAAGGAGGAGCAAUAGAUGGAAUCAUAACAUAUAUUUCAAGAUGUGAUACAACAAGAGACAAGAAUUUGGCUCCACUUGCAAUGACAACAAUGAUGAAACUUUUGGUGUUGGAGAGUGGUAAAGAGGCAUUGGUGAAUCAUGUGAAUGGUAUUGAAACAUUGGUGAAGAUGGUUUUUAAGGUAUGUAAUCAAGAGUGUAGUGAGAGUGCUGUUGGGAUACUUUCAAUUGUUUGUAGUGAUUUUGGGAGUGCUAGAGAGGUAGCUAUUGGAGCUGGUGUUUUGAGUCAGUUGUUGUUUCUUCUGCAGAGUCAGUGUGGUACUAAAACUAAAACUAAGGCAAGAAUGUUGCUUAAGUUGUUGAGAUCAAAGUGGACUGAGGAAUCAAUGCAUUAGUGUGUGUUUGGAAUCAUGGUUAUUUUACAAAAUCACAGUUUUCUUGAAGAUCCAUAGUGUAGUUUUGGUAAAUGUACUCUUGUGAAUAAUAAUAAUACUACAUCACUAUUAAUCAGUA